CUUAAUGUAUCCUUUCAUAUUAAUCUAAUGAUCUUAAUUACAUUAAAGGAAAAGGGAGGAAGACCGCCAUUAGGGCCACAAACAUUGGUAAUGAACACGGACAAGUGUUGAUGUCGGUCUUAACUGUUGGUGAAGGGUUAAGCUUGAAGCCAAUGAUUGAUGGCCUUGUUGCACGGUACCGGAAUGCUGAAGUUUCUCCUCCGAAGGCCCUCUAUGUUGAUAGGGACUGCUGUAGAACCUCCUCUGUACGGAAGUACUUUGGUGCAUGGCCUUUUCUUCAUAUAAGGUUGGACAUUUGGCACUUCAUGCGUCGCUUUCCCUCUGGUUGUACAACUGAUAAACAUCAGCUGUACAGUGUAUUCAUGGGGAAACUGAAGCAGUGCAUCUUCAAGUAUGAUGAGGGUGACCUCAAACUACUGAAGACUGCAAAGCGGGCAGAGAUGAUCCAGGAAGGUAUUCCCGACCCAACGUAUGAUGACGUCUUUCGAAAGUUGUCUUCCAGCGAGCUCCAACAACACUGUCGAAGGUUGACCCGAGGGACAGCAGAAACAUCAAGGCUGAUAUCAAGCCUGAUGGAAAGAUUUCCCUAUCUAGUCCUACGAUCUAGCAUAUCCUUAAAAGACACUCAUGUGUUCAUUGGUCCUUUCUCCAAAGCUUCAAGAAGACAAGGGGCAAAGUAG